GAUGAGCAGAUACAGAAUUGACUCAUUUCAUUUGAAAACUACGAUUUGAUCGGAUAAACACACAAAAAUAAGAUGAAGCGUUCUCGCCGAGCCACCUCAGCUAAUAGCAAAGCAUUUGUUUCCGGAGGAGUUUAUCGCACAAUAUGAAAAUGUGUGUGUUCAGCCCCCAAUUGUGAAUUUAUUUGCAAUAGCCAUAAAAGCGGGUUAAUCGAAAGUGCAGACAGGUCACCGAGCUGUAUCAGCACCAGAAUCAAAAUCCGUAUCGGAUCCCGUCUCGUCCCGUCCCAUCCCGUCCCAUCCCAUCCCAUCCAAUUCCACACACAUAUCAGUAUCCGAAGUAAACCCACAGAGUUCCAUUUAAGAGACUCGAAUCGACUGGAGCCAGCAAUUACGAUAGAAUUCAGCUGGACUUGCGGUUUUCGCAGGCUUUUAUGGCUACUGAAAAUUCAUUCACACGAAAUUGUAACUUAAAAUUAUUAGUUUUGCGCUAGAUAGCAAUGCUCAUUUACUUCACUGAUAGUACCCAAGACGAAACACCAGUAGCCAAGGGCCGAAUGAGCCAACAUGGCGUUCAAUACGCACAAACGUCGCAUUGAACGCCAGCGUUGGGGUCCGGAAGGCCCUUGGCCAGAUACGAGAGAAACCAUCCUUUGAUCGGCACAUGGUUUCGCUGAGGCCGAGUUUCGUUUUGGGUCACUUUGGUUGCAGGAAUGGUCAUGGCUAAUUCCUGAACUAUGGUUUUUAGUAGGACCGAGCUCCCGUGAGUCUCCCGCGAGCCACCCACUUCUGAUGUAGUAGAUCGAUUGACUGGCAUAAUCCGAAUGUCCCGGCCAAGCCCUUGAUUCAACCGCCGGCAAAUGCUCUGUCGCAGGCAUCUCCAGUCUCGGCGCCUACCCCGACUCCAGUGCCGGCUCCAGUUGCAGUCAAAGAGGUGCAGGCAAAGAAAAAAGAUGCACCGCCAUCAGUUAGUGCCUUGCCCAUUCCAAUAUUUGUCAAGGAUGAACCCGUUGCCAUGGCCGAGGACGAGUCGUCGCCCAUCGAAAGCGCAAGCGAAGGGUUUUACAUCGACAUAAGCGCCGAUAAUGGCAACGGAGGGAAAAUCCCGUUCAAGAAGAUCUUCCAGAAGCGCAAGAAGUCAUCGGAACGCACUCGCGAUAAGAAGCAACGCCAGAAUCGCCAGCUACGCAAGUCGAUGUUGCCGAAAAAUGCCCUAAUGGCUCUCAACGAACUCAAGGGCGUUAACAUAAGUGAUUUUACCAUCAAUAGCAAUCCUGAUGGCGGAUUCACUGCCAUACUCACGGUCAACUCGAACCAGUACCAUGGAAAGGGGGUCUCCAAGAUGGCGGCGAAAAAUUUGGCCUGUGAGCAUGCACUGCGUGAUUAUAUAAUUGCCAAAAUGAAGCCAAAGCCUCGCAAACCGAAGAAUAAUGCUGUGGAAAACCAAGCAUCGACUGGCCCAGAGCCCAUGGACACCAAUGGAAGCGACACUGAAUCACCCGAAGACGAAUUGCCAAUGCUCAAUUUGGCAUCGUUUGCAAUAUAUAAAUUAUUCAGCGAGUGGGAGCGCGACGGUUACGUUGUGCCCGAAAUGCAUCCAUCGGCAAAUGCACAGCCGCAGCAGGGAGACGCCAAUGCAGCAGUUCCCGUCGUCCCCAAGGAGCCGAAGAAGCCACCAGUGCGUGCCGAAUUGCCCCCAAACUGGCAGACCAUGCACCCGGCCACAUUGCUCUGCAUUAUGCGCCCUGGAAUCGCGUAUGAGGACUAUGGCACCGCUGGCGACAAGCCCAACGUGCCCCAGUGUCUCGGUGUGAUUGUUGACAACCAGGAGUUUACGGCCAAUGGACGCUCAAAGAAAAUAGCACGUCGAAAUGUUGCCGUGAAUGUUUGCAACACAUUGUUCGGCACCAAUUUCACAUAUGAAGAGUAUUAAGCUACAUCAGACUAACGCAGACUAACUACUAUGUAUAGUUAGUCAGUUAAUUGUUCGAUGUACAUAUGUGCAUCAAUAUGCUUCUGUUGUUCAAUUCAAUUAAAUUUAAAUCUAAUUUUCGUCAAAACCUAAACUCUGGAUGAAUCGCGAUACAUCAUCCAUCAGCAUUGGACCGUAUAUUGAACAUUAUCGAAAGUCUAAAAUGUAUCCAUUUAAGUUGUACCAUCUGAUCUGUAAUCUCCUGUACGAAUAAGUUAAACAAAACAAAUGUAUGUCAUAUUCAAGAUAAACAUUUAUAAUAUCUGUU